AUGCAGGCCUUCCGCCGCAAUACUUUCUCGGCCCUUCACAAUGUCGCCGCCGGGCAGCGUCGGUCAUACCUAAAGGCCACCUCUGCCUAUGCCGAUACCGUGAACAACCUGAAGAUCAACAAGGACACCCGGGUUCUCUUCCAGGGCUUCACCGGCAAGCAGGGAACGUUCCACGCCGAGCAGGCCAUUGCCUACGGCACAAAUGUCAUCGGUGGCACAAACCCCAAGAAGGCUGGCUCCACCCACCUUGACCGUCCCGUGUUCGCCAAUGUGGCCGAUGCCGUGAAGGAAACCGGCGCGACGGCAUCUGCGAUUUUCGUCCCACCGCCGCUGGCUGCUGCCGGUAUCGAGGAGGCUAUUGCUGCUGAGAUGCCCCUGGUUGUCUGUAUCACCGAGGGUAUUCCCCAGCACGACAUGGUCCGCAUCACCGACAUCCUCAAGACCCAGAACAAGACCCGUCUGGUCGGCCCGAACUGCCCCGGCAUCAUCGCUCCCGGUCAAUGCAAGAUCGGUAUCAUGCCCGGCUUCAUCCACAAGCGCGGCCGUGUCGGCAUCGUCUCCCGCUCCGGUACCCUGACCUACGAGGCUGUGAACCAGACCACGCAGGCCGGUCUGGGCCAGUCGCUUGUCGUCGGCAUUGGCGGUGAUCCCUUCUCCGGCACUAACUUCAUCGACUGCCUGAAGAUUUUCCUCGAGGACAAGGAGACCGACGGCAUUAUCAUGAUCGGCGAGAUUGGCGGUUCCGCCGAGGAGGAGGCCGCCGAGUUCUUCAAGGCCAACAACAAGCACAACAAGCCCGCUGUUUCCUUCAUCGCCGGUAUCAGCGCUCCCCCCGGCCGCCGUAUGGGCCACGCCGGUGCCAUCGUCAGCGGCGGCAAGGGCGGCGCCGACUCGAAGAUCUCGGCUCUCCAGGAUGCCGGUGUCAUUGUUGAGCGCAGCCCUGCCUCGCUUGGCAAGACCCUGCUUGCUGAGUUUGUCAAGCGUGAUCUCGUCUAA